UGUAUUCUUCUAACACUACGCUGAAAGGUAAAGGGGCUCUCUCCAUAGCAAUUCCAGGGGAACUUGCAGGCCUUCAUAAAGCUUGGAAACAAUAUGGAAGGCUUCCAUGGAAAAGGCUUAUAAGUCCAGCUGAGCGUCUCGCUCGUUUGGGAUUUAAGAUUUCACCAUACCUCAACAUGCAGAUGCAUAGAACAGAAUCAGGAAUCUUGGCAGAUGAGGGACUUCGUCAUGUAUUUACAUCAAACGGGAGUCUCUUGAAGACAGGUGAGACAUGCCGUAACUGGAAACUGGCACAGACACUCAGAGACAUUUCGAAUUUCGGUCCCAGAGCCUUUUAUAAUGGAUCCAUCGGAUCCAAAUUGGUUAGAGAUAUUCACAAGGUUGGAGGAAUACUGACAAUGAAGGAUUUGCAAAAUUAUAGAGUUAAACUGAGAAAGCCUAUAUCUUCUGACACUCCUGGGUUUAAAAUACUGGCUAUGCCUCCUCCUUCUGGAGGUCCUCCAAUGAUACUUAUGCUAAACAUUCUUUCUCAAUAUGGAAAUGUUUCUGGAGUUUCUGAUCCUCUUUGGGUCCAUCGGGAAAUCGAGUCCUUGAAACAUGUAUUCGCGGUGAGGAUGAAUCUUGGUGAUCCUGAGUUCGUUAAUGUGACUAAUGUUCUAGCUGACAUGCUUUCUCCUAAGUUUGCUGAGGAGUUAAAGAAGACCAUAUAUGACAACAGGACUUUUGACCCAAGCCAUUAUGGAGGCAGGUGGAACCAGAUCCAUGAUCAUGGAACCAGUCAUUUGUCCAUCAUAGAUAAUGAGCAAAAUGCCGUCUCCAUGACUACUACUGUGAAUGGAUAUUUCGGUGCACAAAUACUGUCGUCAAGUACAGGAAUCAUUUUAAACAAUGAAAUGGGCGACUUCUCUAUACCUGGAAAUGAUUCUACAGUUCCACCUCCAGCACCGCCCAAUUUCAUCAGGCCAGGAAAGAGGCCAUUAUCAUCCAUGACACCUACUAUAGUCCUGAAGGAUGAGCAACUGAAAGCAGUAGUAGGCGCAAGUGGGGGAGGCAUGAUCAUUGCUGCAACUGCACAGGUUCUUUUGAAUCAUUUUGCAAGGGGAUUGGAUCCACUCUCUUCCGUCAUGGCUCCAAGGGUCUAUCAUCAGCUAUUACCUAAUGUGGUUCAGUAUGAAAAUUGGACAACCGUGACUGGUGAUCACUUUGAAGUUCCUGCUCAAAUCAGGAAAGCCCUACACAAGAAGGGCCAUGUCCUAAAUCCCCUUUCUGGUGGAUCUAUUUGCCAGUUUAUAGUUCAACAAAUAGAGGCUUUGAAGAGCAAUGGAGGCACGAGGGAGAUUGUGGCAGUUAGUGAUCCAAGAAAAGGCGGUUUUCCUGCUGGUUUCUGAAAUUGGGGGAUGGUGCUAGUCGCUACGGAAUUGAAGCUAGUUAUUGCGUUUUCUCCCCCUUGUCCACAGUUAGUAACUAAUUCAAAAUUUCUAUUAUAUAACAAGAUUGACAAUUGGUUUAGUGCAGUUCAUUUUGUUUUUA